AUGUUAUUGACAUCGUCCCAAGUCUCGAUCCUGCUUUCGUCGGGAAUAGUCGCCCUAUGCACAUUCGCCCUCUUCCUUAGCGGCUACGCGAUCCAACAGCGCACGCUGCGCGACCUGCGGCUCGCCAUCAAUCCGCCCGCGAUCCCGCGGCCGAAACCAAAAUUCUACUCCUCGGAACAGCUGCGCAGACCGAAAUCGAAAGUUAGGCUUGAGGAAGGGUCUGCGAUUGAUUUAGGGGAGUCUGAGUUGGAUGUUGGUGGUACUGGGAGAGGGGGCGGGAGUGCGGUUGGGAAUGGGGCUGGAGAGGAAGGGCAAAAACAAGAACAAGAGGAGGAUAUAAUCUUCGUACGACCAACAAUACCCGACGAUGAUGGAGAACCGGUUUCGCCGCCGCCGCCGGUGACCGAAGACCACCACGAUGAAGCAGCGUCGAGAGGAGGUGGAGAAGGCAACAGCGGGGAGGGCGAACAACGGCAGAGGUUCUGGGACGGCGUCCAGGAGGACGCUCAGAAGCCCAUCAGUAGGGCGGAGAGAAGGCGGCGUAUCAAGGCUGAGAUUGCGCGCAUGUCGCAGGGCGAGUCGCCGGUUUAUUACCAGCGGCGGUUGUGGUGA